GGACCUCUGGCUUUGCUCUCUUCCUGGUACUCUCGGGGGCCGGUACCCCCGCUCCGUGUGUCGGAACACAGAAGGGCAGGUAUCCACGUGGGGCGGGGACGGAUGCUCACGUGGCACACCUGACCCCAGGAGCAUCUUCAGCGACACGGAAGGCGAAUCCCUCCCAUCACCUCCACCAUCGUAGGCAUUUGCACAUGGGGUGUCCCUGUCCCGGACUCCCGGAGAAGCCCUCCCCACCCCACCACACCCCGUCCGACCCCUGGUACGCCUGGACAGUGUGCUCACGCGGGGCUGUCUGCCGAGCUCCUCAACAGAUCACAUGGGCUUUCGAUUAGUCACCGAAGGACACCUGUCCACCCGACAGUGGAAUCCAAGGUAGAAAAGGGGCAGAGUGAAGAAACUCGCUUGCACACCAUCACUGCCACUCAGCUUGACACUCAUGGACGUUGGCCGGACCCGAGGCCGGGGCAGGGAUGGUUGGCUACGAUGCCAAGGCAGAUGUCAGGAGUAACUCCAAGCUGGAGGUGGCGGUGGCGGGAUCCGUGUCAGGGUUUGUCACCCGUGCCCUGAUUAGCCCUUUGGACGUCAUCAAGAUCCGUUUCCAGCUCCAGAUUGAACGUCUCUGUCCAAGUGACCCUAAUGCCAAAUACCACGGAAUCUUCCAGGCGGCCAAGCAGAUUCUGCAAGAGGAGGGCCCAAGAGCAUUCUGGAAAGGACACGUUCCAGCCCAGAUUCUGUCCAUAGGCUACGGAGCCGUCCAAUUUUUGGCCUUCGAAGAACUGACUGAGCUGCUUUACCAGGCCAACUUGUAUCAAACCCACCAGUUCUCGGCGCACUUUGUGUGUGGUGGCCUGUCCGCGGGGACAGCCACCCUCACCGUGCAUCCUGUGGAUGUCCUGCGUACCCGCCUUGCAGCUCAGGGCGAGCCCAAGAUCUAUAACAAUCUGCGAGAGGCCAUACGGACCAUGUAUAAGACCGAGGGCCCCUUCGUCUUCUACAAAGGCUUGACUCCCACUGUGAUCGCCAUUUUCCCCUACGCGGGCCUGCAGUUCUCCUGCUACCGCUCCUUGAAACGGGCCUAUGACUGGCUCAUCCCUCCAGACGGAAAACAAACAGGGAACCUUAAAAACCUGCUCUGUGGCUGUGGAUCUGGAGUCAUCAGCAAGACCCUUACGUAUCCCCUGGACCUUUUCAAGAAGCGCCUGCAGGUGGGCGGCUUUGAGCAUGCCCGGUCCGCCUUUGGCCAGGUGCGGAGCUACAGGGGCCUCCUGGACCUUGUCCGGCAGGUGCUCCAAGAGGAAGGCACCCGGGGCCUCUUCAAGGGCCUGACCCCCAGCCUGAUGAAGGCUGCACUCUCCACUGGCUUCAUGUUCUUCUGGUACGAGCUCUUCUGUAACCUCUUCCAUUGCAUAAGGAGGGAAGACAGAUAGUUGUGAGGCAGGAGGGGCCUAAGGUCUGCCCUGGAGGCGCCUCCCCAACAAGACGUGGCUCUGCGCUCCUCCUGAGCAGUGGCCGCUGCUGGGGCGGCCUUCUAGGCCGGCUGCUGUGAGGAUGAAGAACCAUCCGGAGCUGAAGGCGGAAGGCGAGCGAACAGAAGGAAGAGACAGGCAGUGCUCACGCUGUGGAAAGAAGCCGUGGUGGAGGAGCUUGGUGCCUGCGGCUCACCUCUGACCAGCCCAGCCCAGAAGGAACUGGCCAUCAGUUUCUGCAGUUCUGGUUUUGGGGGAGAAGGCUCCUAGCCCCGGUAGGACCACACUGGAGUGCACAAGGAUGGGGCUGGGCUCUGCACAAUUCUAACCUCCACAACUUGGUCUGCUUCUCCUGCCAACUUAUUUAAUAGACAUUAAAGUAACCGUCGCGUC